UCGGACCUAUACCUUUACUUUUUACACGUUCGACUUUCCAGUUUUCAUACCUCUUCCCUAUCAAACCAACCAAGACCCUACGGUCUACGCAUUUGUUUUAACCUUCUUUUUUCUCUGUUCAAAAUCGAUGGCACCGAAGCGCUCAAACCCUAUUGAAAACCCACCAGCUGCUUCUUCAUCUGAAGAAGAAGAAGAAGAGGAGGAGAGUUCUGAAGAAGAAGAAGAAGGAUCUUCCUCUGAAGAAGAAGAGGAAGAACCAAAAACCCAAAAUGCUCCACUAACCCAGAAAGCCCAACCUCCCAAAAAGCCUGAAGCUGCUGCCCCAUCCGUCGCUGUUGACGAAUCUGACGAAUCUGAUUCCGAGUCUGAGUCUGAAUCCGAUACGCCGUCUCCCAAUGUCAAGCCUAUUACUACAAAAUCCAUUGAGGAAACUUCACAUGUCAAAAAACCUAGAUCCAAACCUUUGGCUUCAUCCGUUAAGGUUUCUUCAGUCAAGAGGGCAAACGAGUCUGAGCAAGAGCCCAAGGAAGCCAAAAGGGCCAAGAAGAAAACAGGGGAAGAAGGGACUGCUGCUGUUGUUGUGGAGGAGGUGAAAAAGACUGGAGAAGACGCAAAGAAGCAGCUUUUCCAACGGCUCUUCAGUGAAGACGAUGAAAUUGCUGUGUUAAAAGGUAUGCUGGAUUAUUCUGAAAAAAAUGGAUCUGAUCCUAUUGCUGAUAUGAAUACAUUUUAUGAUUUUGUUAAGAAAUCAAUUCAUACUGAUGUUACCAAAGCACAAUUGAUGGAUAAGAUUAGGAGGUUAAGAAAAAAGUUCGAAAACAAUGCAAAAGGUAAAAAGGGUGAGGAUCGGACUUUCUCUAAGCCCCAUGAACAGAAAGCUUUUGAGUUGUCAAAAAAGAUAUGGGGUAAAGAUGGAAUUACUGUGAAAGUUGAGUCCUCUAGUGCUAAGUUGAAUGGGAAAGCAAAGGGAAAUGCCAAACCAUUGACUGAAUUGAAAGGAGAGUUGCUUUUUUCAGCUGUAAAGAAAGUUGAUCCAAUGGAGGUUGAUAAGAAGGGAUCUAAGAGUUUGGGUAGCUUGUUUGAUAAGAGAUUUGGUGUGGCUGGCUUGGAAGAAGAAGUUCUAAAACAUGGAUUGGAUAUGAUUGAUGGAGAAACGAGGGCAGCUUUGGAUGCAAAGUGGAGGAAACUGCAAAUUGCUGAGUUGGAGCUGUUUUUGCAACGAAAUGAGUUGGUCAAGGAGCAUGCCAAGUUGAUGCUGGAGUUUUACAAGUCUGAAGAUAAAUAGAGUGUUGGUAUAAGUGAUGAUAUUUUUAUGUGCAUUUUAAACAAAUGUAAUUUUGUGGUUAUUUGGUAUUUUGUUUAUGUUUUGCCAAUUGUGGGGUAUAAUAGUGCUUACUUUUGAUAACUGGGAUUAUAUUAAUGUCUUUUAGACAGUAACCUCUCUGUUUAUGUGCGUAAUAGCAGUUCUGAACUGUUGCUUUGCUGCUUUUGUGCAUAAUAACAUGCUGUUGGGCCUAAUUUGUCAUGCUUGGAUUUGCUUAAUGUUUGGAUUAUAGGUUAUCUUGAUGUUUCCUCUAUAUGAAUUGCCUGAUUGCUUCUUAUAUUGUUGACUUUUUUAUGUUGCUCCCUUCUUCGAUAGUAGUUUAUGUGAAAGGUAAUUGCAGAGGAAAUAUCAGUGUUAAUAAGUUAGAUAUCAUUUUGCAAAUUUAAACUUUUGCUUCUUGAUUGACUUGGAAGACCUUAGCUUUCAUGAAAAUGCCAUAUUUUCUUUUGAUCCACUAGCUCUUCUUGCUCUAUGAAUGUAUUAUGCCGUGCUCUAAUAGUCACUACUCUUAGUCUUCACACUUUAUAUGAGUGAUGGCAGUUAGUAAAAACAUGUUCUAGUCUAGUCUUUGCAACCAGAAACCUUUGUUAAAGUUGACCUUAUUGAUUAUCAAUAUGUUUUCAAAAAUGAAUGUAACAAUAUAAAGUUUUGCCUAGUUAUAUUAAUAGGUAUGAUGAUUGCUGUAUUUGCUCUGGUUUCAAUUUUAGUUUUAUAGUAGCUUAUACUUAUGUUUGUAUUGUCCUUUAUUCUGACAUAUCUUAAUAAUCAUUCCAUUUAGCUAUUUAUGGAAUACAUAUCUCUUUCAUUUUACAAAGAAUUAUGGAACUUUUUACUGCUUCAAAUAAGAUUUUUUUCAAAUAUUGUGAGCAUGUUAAAACUUGAAGCAUUUUGCUGUGCCUUGUCCAAGCAUAUAUUGCUAAGGUUUAAAUCUGAAAAUAUCUUCAGCUUUUUGGCAUUGGUAUUUGGGAUGUUUUGGUUUUUUACCUGUGAUACUUCUUGAACAUUAUAUUUCAAGUUGAGGUUAUUGAAUGUCUACUACACUGCUUUUUCUGUUAGUUUUUUAUAUAGGAAUAUAAGUAUGUUGGCUAGCAACUUAAGUUGGAGAGUAAGGUUGAUAAUUUUGGAAACAUUACUGCUUAAAAUUGAUGGUUUUGCUUAAGAUUGGGGUGAUUGAAACUAGUUUCUUUUGUUGAGAUGUUGGCUUUGCUUUUUUAUUUCUGCAUAAUAACCUAAUUAUAGGAUAUUGUUACCAUUACUGCUGAGAAACUUGGAAUCAAGGAUCCCAAAUUAACUUAGAUCAUAUUAUUCUUUACUUACGUUUUGGAUCAUUACAAGUGGGGCUGUCCAAGUCAAGUCCUAGUAAAUGUGCAUAGACAUAAAGGAGAUUCAUUAUCUAGGGUUGAGUUAAGCUUAGUAAGAAGUGUGCUGGUAUUGGUAUAUCAGUGAGUUGGUUGAGUUCUCUAUAGGAAUGAGUUGUACUAGGCAAGUUUCUAUGGCUGUUGAGAAGCACUAAAGUGAUCAUACUGUUUUAUUUACAAGGUCUUUUAACCUCUUUUUCCCAUUAUGAUAAUGCAUGCUUACUUGCUUUUUAAGUUUUAUUUUGAUCAGUACUUUGAGCUAGUUUUAUUUCUGUUCAUGUAUAAAAUUUGAGGAUUUGGACUGUGUUUUAAAUUUGCAAAAAUCUACUGGAAUAGCAGCUGUUUUGGUUGAUCUGGACUGAUAAAUGAAUUUCUGGCCAAUGCACCCCUAAGAGAAAAUUAUUGUCUAUGAUUUUCAACAUAACUUUGAUACAACCAGACAUCUUGGCUUAUGUACCAGUUUUAUGUAUGAAAAUUGUCUGUUUAAGUCAAGAAUUGUACUGAUGCUGGUAUUUUACUUGUUCAAAUUCAUAAUUCAUUUAUCUUGGGAGCAAGAAGAAUGACAAUGUUGAAUUCUUAACAAAAAAGCAUGCAAAGCUAUUUCAAUAAGAUACAAACAAGUUAUCUAUUGUUUCUUAGUUCUCUAUGGAGAUGGAAUGGUGGUUGAUUGGGUUUUUACAAGCAUUAUUAGUUUGUCACUAUAAACCGACCUAUGCUAUUAGGUUUGUUUUGAUUCAUAAUAUGCAUAAUCGAAAUUAUCCACACCAGAUUAUAUAUUUCAUUAAAUUUAAUAUUCAUAAUAAAAAGUAACGUCAGCCUCUGUACUACUUUUCUGUUAAGUUUGAUUUUGAUCAGUAGUUAUUUUAAGCUAAGUUUAUUUGGCCGACAAAAAUAUGCUAGCAUCCUUUAUCUGUAAGUAUUUGCUCUAUGUUCCAUUUGUGUCUGUCUAUACUCUAUAUACAAAAAACAGAUCAAUCUUAUUGUGAGGUACUGUCCAAGGAAAAGGUUACUUCCGGAUCAGGGAUAAUAAAUAAAAUUGAAACAAGAUAAAAUCGUAUAUCGAAACGACUUCUGGCAUCACCGAAAGGAUCGAAACCACAUUCGUAGGCCGACAAUUUUUCUGGAUAGGUCGAACUAUUGGAAGCAAAU